AUGGGGCUCCAACAUGAAGGCUUCACCGGAAUGUCUCUGAUACGCCCUUACAACACUAAAGCCAAUGAAAUCUUCAUCCAGGAACGGUGGAAUUAUGUCACAGCGAACAUUUGUUACCCCUUUGUUGACUCUGCCACGUCAACCGCGGCAUCACCAUCGUUCACCUAUAACGCCACGCACUUCCUCCUCAAUGGCAGCCCGCACCAGAUCAUCGGCGGGCAGAUGGACCCGCAGCGCAUACCGGCACCGUACUGGCGCGACCGGCUGCGUAAAGCGCGCGCUCUCGGUCUAAACACCAUUUUCACGUACACGUUCUGGAACCUGCUAGAGCCCGUCCAAGGACAAUGGGACGAAAAGGAAGGAGAAGGGAUAGCAAAAUUCUUCAAAAUUGCGCAGGAAGAAGGACUACACGUUGUACUCAGACCCGGUCCGUAUAUCUGUGGCGAAAGAGAAUGGGGUGGGUUUCCCGCGUGGCUGGCCACCGUUCCAGACAUGGUCGUGCGGAGUAACAACCCCCCCUUCCUGUCCGCCUCAAAAGUGUACCUGCGGAAUUUGGCGCGGAACUUACACGGAUUGCACAUAAAACAAGGCGGUCCCAUCCUCAUGAUCCAAGUCGAAAACGAGUACGGCUCUUACGGCGAUGACCACGCCUACACUUCCGCUGUCAAAGUCCUCCUCCAGAACGCCUUCGGCGACGAUAAGAUCUUCUACACCAAUGACGGCACAGAACAAUGGACCCUCGAGGGUGGUUCUGUCCCCGGCGUCCUCGCCGAAGUCGACGGCGAUCCGCGCGCGGGCUUCGCCGCGCUGAGGAAGUACAUCACAGACCCGAGCAUGCAGGGCCCGCUGCUGGAUGGCGAGUACUACACGUGGACAUUCGACAGCUGGGGGUAUAAUCGCAGCACGCCGAAUGUGCAGGGGUUUGUGGAUGAUUUGGAGUAUGUGCUCGGCAGCGAGUCCGCGUCGAUUAGUCUGUACAUGGUGCAUGGCGGGACGAAUUUUGGAUGGGGGAAUGGGGCGCUGUGGCAGAAGAAGACGCGCGCGUUUACGAGUAGUUAUGAUUAUGGGGCGCCGAUUGAUGAGGCGGGGAGGACAGGGGAGUUGUACGACGCGCUGAGGGACGUUAUUCUGCAAUACGCACCAGAAGGCAGCGUGCCGGAUGUACUGCCCAACGUCCCCCUCGCUGAAGUCCCAGCAUUCGACCUCCACCCCGCGAAGGCGCUAUUCGACACCCUUGAUCCUAGCACUGUCGUCAAAUCCAGAGACCCGCUGAGCAUGGAGCAUCUCGACCAGUCCUACGGCUUCGUCCUGUAUACCUACACGCAUGGCGAGUCCACGCCUGUGUCUGGGGUUCUUUCUCCAGGCGACCGCGCAAGAGAUCGGGCUAUUGUAUACCUCGACGACGUCUUCGUCGGCGUUGUGGACUCCACGUAUGCGUAUCCGCAAAAUAUCAGCGUGAGGUUGGCGCCAGGCGCGAGACUGCAGCUCCUGGUGGAGAAUCUUGGGAGGGUGGAUUAUUACUCCCGUGGCACAGACCUUCCAAACCACAUCCUCGACCCAUACAAGGGGAUCAUCGGAGCCGUUAGCGUUGGCAAUACGACACUGCACAACUGGUCGCAAACGCCUAUUGCGCUGGCGGAGCUGCCCGGGUUAGAGGGUGGUGGGUAUACCGCGGGAGAGGGUGGCGCGGGCAAUACGACGCAGCCGGUUUUUUACAGAGGCAAGUUUGCAACACCGAGGAGCAAAGGCGGGAAUGGGGAUGACCCAGCGGGUCUGGAUACGUAUCUGAGUGUUGAGGGUGGUGUGAAGGGGAAUGUCUGGGUUAAUGGGCUUCACCUGGGACGGUAUUGGGGGGUUGGACCGCAGCAGAGUUUGUAUCUGCCGGGGACGGCGCUAUAUACCGAUGAGCGGGUCAAUGAGGUUGUGGUGCUGGAGCUGGAACCUGGACGUGUCCACGGGGUCUUGAGGGGUGUAGGGAUCAAGGAGCGCGUGUGGGAAGUCCGAUUGGACGUAGACUGUCCUGGCUGCGUACGAUGA